CUUCUUCAAUUCAAUUCAGCUCAGCACUACCAUCAUCACUUUGCAUUUCCUGAAAUGUCAACAACCUUCUUCCACCCUAAAUUCGAAAUCCGAAGAAAAAUCUACCAUCGGAAAUGGGAAUUUGACCGGUUGAUUUCUUCCAGAGAUGUUCUCCAGAAUUUCGUCGAUCUUUCCAACCACUCAGUCAAUUCUUCCAACAUUUCACGCGCCGUCCUCUAUUCUUCUCCGCCCGCUCUUAAUUACCCCCGCCGCCAAGCAAGCAUGACAAUAAUCUUCCAUUUUCUUGGGUUUAAGUUCUUGUUAUUUUUCGCUCAUCUGGAUCCUCCAUUAUUUUUCUUAAUCCUUGUCUACUUUGGAAAUUAAGAAGAAUCCUGAAGGUGCGCGCAAUCUGUUCGAUGAAAUGUUUCUUUCCUGUGGAGUCGAAUCCGUCGUCGUUUUGGGGUGUUUACGGUGGGCGUGGAAGCGCUGCACCCACACGGGCUCCGACGACAGUGCCGCCUGGCCCAUCGCCACUGCCGACGAAUUCGAAGCUGUGCCGCGCGCCUGCCGCCUGAUCCUUGCAGUGUAUGAGCCCGAUCUCCGCCACCCACAAUACGCACCUGUCGGGGGCUACGGCCUCAAUCCUAACUGGGUGGUCAAGCGCGUCGACUACGAGCAAACCCUCGGCCACGCUCCUCCAUACUUAAUCUACGUCGACCACGACAAUAAGGAAAUCAUGCUAGCAAUCCGCGGCUUGAAUAUGGUUAAAGAAAGUGAUUACAAACUGCUCAUGGACAACAAGCUCGGCAUGCAGAUUUUUGAUGGAGAGUAUGUUCAUCAUGGGCUAUUGAAAUCAGCAAUGUGGGUUUUCAAUGCGGAAUCGGACACUUUGAGGAGGUUGUGGGAGGAGAACCGGAAGGAAUACAAGAUGGUGCUCGCAGGACAUUCGUUGGGAUCGGGAGUUGCAGCUCUGUUAAGUUUGAUCAUGGCUAGUCAUGGGGAUCAAUUAGGGGGCAUUCCACGGAGUUUGUUGAGAUGUUACGCUGUGGCUCCGACCCGGUGUAUGUCAUUGAACCUAGCGGUUAAGUAUGCCGAUAUCAUACAUUCUGUCGUGCUGCAGGAUGAUUUUUUGCCGAGAACACCCACCCCGCUGGAAGACAUUUUCAAAUCCAUUUUCUGUUUGCCCUGCUUGUUGUUCCUCGUCUGCCUGAGAGAUACAUUCGUACCUGAAGAAAGAAAGCUCAGAGAUCCAAGAAGAUUAUAUGCACCUGGUCGGAUAUAUCACAUUGUUGAGAGGAAAUUUUGCAGAUGUGGAAGGUUCCCUCCGGAAGUAAGAACAGCUAUCCCAGUGGACGGAAGAUUCGAGCAUAUUGUGCUGUCCUGCAAUUCUACAUCUGACCAUGCUAUUAUUUCCAUAGAAUCUGCGGCGCAAGGUGCCUUACAUGAUUUGAAGGAAAAGGAGUUGCUGGGGAGCAGAGGAAAUACAAUGAUCACUCCACCCAAAGUGCAGAAACUCGACAGGAAACUGACAUUAGAGAAAGAACACAAAGAUGCAUUAGAGCGAGCACUCAUGUUCAAUGUACAAACAGAUCAAUCUGAUGAGAAGAUGCUUCCACCUAUGCAGAAAGGCAGUGAUGAACAAACCGGGGAGAAAAUAUCGUCAGGUUGUGAAAUUAAUCCGACCAACUGGAACCACCUACUUGACAAGCUUAAGCUUUUCAACCCAGGUGAAUAUCGACAUUUGCUACUAUUCAACACACAAUCUAUUCAACAGAAGUGCUAAUAUUGCAUUCAUUUUGUUUUCUUUUAUUCCUUGAAUAUGUAUAUAUAUAUAUAUAUGUAUAUUCUUCUGUACAAAAGCUAGUGUAAGUAUUAGCGUUAAGUUUGUGUGUAGAGCGUUGCUUUCAAGUUGAAAGACAUUUUGUGGCAAAUUCGCCCUGUUUGGAGAAAGUGCCCCGAGAUUAAAUAAUCUCCGGGUGAACUUAAUACCUGCAAAUUAAGCCCGAUAAGACAAGUAACGAAUCACGACACCUCUAACGUCACAAGUUUAUUCUCCACACCUGGUGGUGACCUCUCGAUGCAUUUUUAUUUUUUAUUGUUUGAUAACUUCAUAACCCGCAAUCGAUACUUUUGGGUAUGUUUUCGGAUAAAUUCUAAAUAUAAUAUCUUGCAAAUUAGAUCCAAUAAGUCAAUUUUAAAUAUAUAUU